UCACACGAGUCCCCCUCCUCUCUUCAAUUUCGGUUAAAAUCAUUUUUUUGUUUCUUUCUUCUGUUAGCUCAAUUCUCCGUCGUUGCUUCUCCGUUCUCCGGUCAAUUCAGAUUCCUCUGAGAGAGAUUUUUCUUCUUCUUCCUCUUCUUGUGUUGGCGAGUUCCGCGUGAAAUAAUACAUGAAAAUGUUGGCAGCGAUGGACUCGCGUUCUUCUCUCCAUCAUCUUCAUCGUUCCAUUGCUCGCGUUGACCUUUUCGCCGGUGUUCGAAUGAAACGAUUCUCUAAAAGUCCUGUGCCGAGUAUGCCUCGAAUAUGUGGAAACAAUUUGUGCUGAUUCGGCUCUUCUUCUUUGGUUUGUUUGUUUUUUCUCUUUGCAUCUGAAUUCCGAGAUCCAAUCGAAACUGUGUGAUACUCGUAGCGUCUUUUUUUAUAGGUCAGUGAUCUUUGCUGGUGAAUAAUUUGUUGUUCGUUACGGGUUUAGAAGUUUGUGUUUAGUGGGAAUUGUGACUUGUUAGGGUUUGUUUCGAGCUCUCAAACACUUUAGGGUUUUGAGAAUUGUGGAAUUUGGGGAUUUUUUUUUUUUUUUUUAGGUUUUUCUUGAAUCGUGAAGUUGUUUGUGUCUUUGCUGGAUCUCUGAAAUGGCUGAUAAGAAAGAAUUAGGGUUACAAAAGACUACUGUCAAUUUGAAAGAGCAAUUGGCUAGAACUACUCUGAAGAAUCUGAGGUUACAAGGGCACACGUACAUUGAGCUACGUGAAGAUGGCAAACGUUUCGUAUUCUUCUGCACUUUGUGUCUUGCUCCAUGCUACAGCGACACAAUCUUGCUUGGACACUUGAAUGGAAACCUUCACAAGGAGAGGUUGGCAUGUGCUAGGAUCACACUUCUUGGAACGAAUCCUUGGCCUUUCAGCGAUGGUGUCCUUUUCUUUGAUAGUUCAACUGGAGCAGAAGAAGAGAAAGCUUCAAUCGCUGGUGGCGAAGAUGUUCCCUGUCAGUUGCAGCAUUGCGGAGAUGAAGACAGAUUUGCUAUUGUCGAGUAUGAUAACAACAGGGUCAUUGAAUCAAAUGGAGAUAACCAGCCUGCUGAGGUUUCUGAUGAUGAAGCUAGUCACUGUGCGGAUAAUCUGAUUAUUUCUGGUGUGCUAAUUAAGGAGAAAGCUCUUGAUGUGGAAGCAAAGUUCAUUGGUUUUGGCCGAAUAGCUGCCAGGUUGUUUGAAACCAAAGGACGCACAACUUGGAUUGAUAAACUAUGGUGCGAGUGGUUAGGAGACGAGGGUCCUUCUGAUGAGGAGAAGGCUACGGUCCCAGAUCAUGACUUUGCUAUCGUUACAUUCUCCUACUUCUACAAUUUGGGUAGGCUGGGUUUGCUCGACGAUCCGAGCCGACUUCUCACAUCUAGUCAGUCACCAGAAUCAUGUAACGGCGAGGACAGUUGCAGGAAGAGAAAGAAGUCUUUUUCGGAUCCAGAGGACACUAGUGAUUCUCUGUGUAAUCAGUAUGACUCUUCUGAGGAGGUUUCAUCAGGUCGUAAUUCAAACUCUUCAAGAGCUCUAAUUGCUGAUUAUGAUGAUAGUCUCAUGAGCAAGAGAGUCGUGAAGAACAGAACGGUAAGACGAGAGCUGAGGAGGCAACAGCGGAUAUUUUCUGAAAGAAUAUGUGAAGUCUGUAAGCAAAAGAUGCUACCAGGAAAAGACGCGGCAGCUAUACUUAACUUGAAGACAGGAAAUCUUGUAUGUGGCAGCAGAAACCUCCUGGGGGCGUUUCACCUAUUUCACGUGUCUUGUGUUGUCCAUUGGUUUCUCUUCUGUGAGAGUGAAAUACUUGGGAGCAAGAUGGUGAGUGGAAAAGGCAAAAAGAGAUGCACAAAGCAUAGUGGUCAGACUGGUGUGAAGUGGAAUCAGUUGGCAAACGACGUGAGCUGGCAAAUAUUUUCGGUGUUCUGUCCAGAAUGUCAAGGCACCGGCAUAAACAUUGAAGGAGGUGUGAUUGAGAGAGACACGUUUCCGCUUUCUCAGACAUGGAGGUUCCAGGUGAAAGUGAGCGAAGGUAGAAAAGCAUGGGUGAAAAAUCCGGAGAGGUUGGAGAAUUGCUCAACAGGAUUUCAUUUCCCGCAGCAGCCUGAUGAGUCUGGUCAGGUUCCGGUUCAGGAGGAGAGGGUACAGAUGAUGAAACUGGUUCGUUUCUACCGAGUAGAGCUGUAAUGUAGGAAACAACUCAUUUCCUCUUCCUGUUGUGUAAAUAAGGGCUUUGUCUCUCACGUUUUACAGUUCUCUGUAAAUUUACAUUUACUUUGUUACUAUCUGAUUGAUUACUACUUUGAAGCCCAAUUCACUCUUUUUUUA